UGAAUAUAACAGUGGCUUUGUAAGUCAUAAUAGGAGUCAGUCUACUAGUCUACCAGUCAGUCCCUGUUGGAGUACUAUGGUGUUAAAUGACAGUAACAUUAAUCAAACGAUACUCACUUAUUCUGUACAGCCCUCAGAAACCCUCUGGGGACCCCUGGUGUCCCUGCAGGCUCUAAUCUCACUGUACAUAUAACAAACAGAGGCAUCCGCACAAAGUGCCGUGCCGCAAUUAUCCACCUGGGGGCGCUGUAUCCCCUCUCUGUCCACAUUCAUGUGACCGCCGUGGAGAAGGCGGGGUUAUAAUGUAACAAUUUAGGUGCUACAGUGGAAACCAACAAAGUGUCCGUGAGAGCUGAGCGCAUCUGCUCGCCGCAGCGCUCCUCGUUCCUCCCGCCGCGGAUGCAGGAAGAGACCAGCCUCGGACAUCAAAUGACAUUUCAAAACUGAAGGCGCCGCCAGAGGGGACGGGACCGAAUCGGAACACAUUCAUAUGAGGCUGAUGUAUGUUCCCAGUGAGGAGACUGCAGUCCUCAAGAGCCACACAGUACCGUCACCCCACCUCCACCGCCAUCUCCUCUUCCAUUGUCUAGGGGCAUGCCUUCUGAACCCAGCCUCAGCAGUAGGGAGAUGCUGACAGGACAGAGGCUCUGUCAGUCAAAGUCACACCAGGACUCGGUCCUUGCUGCUCUCAACCAGCAGAGGAAGGAUGGCUUGCUGUGUGACGUCACCCUGGUCGCUGGCGAGCAGAAGUUCCAUGCCCACAAAGCCGUCCUGGCAGCAUGCAGCGAUUACUUCAGGGCUAUGUUCAGCUUGUGCAUGGUGGAGAGUGAGGCAGAUGAAGUGACUUUGCAAGGAGUGACCAGCGUUGGACUGAGGCACGCUUUGGACUUUGCCUACACUGGACAGAUCCUGCUGGAGCCAGCGGUGAUCCAGGACGUCCUUUCUGCUGGCAGCCACCUUCAGCUGCUGGAGCUCCUCAGCCUCUGCUCCCACUACCUCAUCCAGGAACUAAGCAGUGUGAACUACCUGGAGCUGUACCGCGUGGCCGACCUGUUCCACCUGCCCGCCUUAGAGGAGGCCGUGGUGGGCUUCCUGGUGGAGCACCUGUCUGAGCUGAGCCAGAGCAGGCAGGACGAGGCCCUGCAGCUGCCCUACCGCCUCCUCAGGGAGGUGCUGAAGAGCGACCGCCUCACCUCUCUGAGCGAGGAGGAGAUAUGGAAGUUGGUCGUUCUGUGGCUGGAGCAUGACUGUCGCUACCAGUACACUGAGGAUCUACUCCAACAUGUUCGCUAUAGCCUGAUGGACGUCCCCACACUGCACCACCUUGCCCGUAGCCACCCUCUGGUCCAGUCCAGCCCUACUGCUGCUGCCCUCGUGGAGGAGGCCCUGGACUACCACCACGCCACCUUCGCCCAGCCCCUCCGCCAGUCGGCCCGUACCCGGCCUCGUUUCCAGUCUCUCACCCUCUACAUAGCUGGCGGACGUAAGCGGGAGGUGAGCAGAGUCAGGGAGCUGCGGUAUUUCAACCCGGCUGCACAGGAGCAUGUACGCGUCGCAGGCGGGUCGAACUGGAGCGAGCUGGCGCCCAUGCCCACCGGGCGCAGCCACCAUUGCGUGGCUGUUAUGGGGAACUUCCUGUUUGUUGUGGGUGGGGAGGUGGAGCAUGCCACGGGGAGGACAUGUGCGGUGAGGACUGCUUGUCGCUACGACCCCAGGGGCAACUGUUGGACUGAGAUUGCCUCCAUGAAGGCCUGCAGAGAACACUUUGUCCUGGGUGCUCUGGGUCAGUACCUGUACGCAGUGGGGGGCAGGAAUGAGCUGAGGCAGGUGCUGCCCUCUGUGGAGCGCUACUGUCCCAAAAGGAACAAGUGGAUGUUUGUCCAACCCUUCGACCGCUCACUGUCCUGCCACGCCGGCUGUGUGGCUGACAACCUGCUCUGGGUCUCAGGUGGGGUGACGAACACAGCUCAGUACCAGAAUCGACUGAUGGUAUACGACCCCGAUCAGGACCAGUGGUUGGCCCGCGGUCCCAUGUUGCAGAGGCGAGUUUACCACGUCAUGGCGGCGGUGAGGAGGCAGCUGUACGUGCUGGGCGGGAACGACCUGGACUACAACAACGACCGCAUCCUGGUCCGCCACAUCGACUCCUACAACAUGGACCUGGACCAGUGGACGCGCUGCUCCUUCAGCCUCCUCACGGGUCAAAACGAGUCCGGAGUUGCGGUCCAUGAUGACAGGAUCUAUGUGGUCGGAGGAUAUUCCAUUUGGACCAACGAGCCUCUGGCGUGCAUUCAGGUGCUGGAUCUGAGCACAGAAGGGAAGGAGGAGGUUUUCUACGGGCCGACGCUGCCAUUCGCCUCCAAUGGGAUAGCGACGUGUUUCCUCCCGGCUCCUUACUUCACCUGCCCAAACCUACAGACUCUGCAAGUACCCCAUCACAGGAUAGGUGCCGUUUAAACCGCUGAUGAACAAAACGUCAGGAAACACGAACACGUAACCGGAGAAUGGAGGAUUUCAACCCGGCUCUUGGCCGUCGGUAUUCACAAACGUGACUGACACAGCUGCACCCAUUGUAUCACACUGGAACCUGCCAUCUCCGUCACACGAGUGUACAGGGAUUUCUCUGAGACCCAAAUGUAAUAACAAUACUAUCCUGAACUAUGAGAGCCAUGUUAUUCUGCAAGCUUCUAGGAAACUGGAAAAAAAAAAAAGCAGCUGUCUCAAUAAUACAGCAUAUCUGUUGUAUUUCCCCAAAGACCGGGACUCUACUCAUGAUGUCCGGUGAAGAUGUGACGAGCAAGUUGAGAAAAAAAAAAAUAACUCCGGGGGGAUUUGAAUUCCCUAAGAAGACAGGAACAAAAUGCCAAUCCUAUUACCAAUUAAGUGACUUGUGGUAAGCAGACAUUACUGAAUUGCUCAAAUGUUGUUUUUUUGUAACCCAUUAUAGGGCUGUAGGAGCUUUUCUCUGUGUACCAUUUCCAUCGAACCUCUAUAAUCACUUUGGUGGCCUGAAAAACGCGUGCAGGAUGUUUUUCCAAGAUAUACAUCACAAAGCCUGUUUUCUCAUUAACUCGCAUGUACUUUGAAAUUACAGAUUGGUUCACCAGGUGUCAAGAGCAUAAAGGCCGAAACUCAUCAGUGCAUAAAGUUCUGGUUUUUUUUUUAAUUUCAAAUACGUUAAAAACAAAAACAAAAAAACAACAAAAAAAGAGACUUGAUUUUUCUGCCACAGCAGUGACACAGUACUGUAUGUGUGAUAUCAACCCGUGAGAUUUUUAUAAUGCUCAGGACCUAAGACUGUUUCUGUUUAAAUGAAUGUCUGGAUAUCGUUGUCAUUCAGAGAAUAUCUGUUGAAUAAUCUCCAAAACAACCCUGAAACCGAAGAAGCUGGGACCCUGUGUAAAACAUAAAUAAAAAACAAUGCGAUCAACCGCACACAAACUGCUUAUCCAGCGGCUUCAGGAUAGGCACGUUUUAUGUUUUAGACAGCAUCCCAACCUUUUUGCAAUCUGGGUUGUAUAAUAACACUUCUAAUGAGAUUGAGAGAAAAAUUUGAUCCCUGCACUUCCCCCGUCUGUCCAAAACAACAUGUGUCUGAAAGAGUACGUGGAACAUUUUCAGAAUAAAGGAGUUACAUGAAUAAAUUGCA